AUGAAGGUCCUUUUUUUCCUCGGGCUCGCUGCCCUUGUUGCUGCAACGCCAGCACACAUCCAGAAGCGAGGUGUAUACAAGGUUGAGCGUAUACCAAACCCCAACUACACUGGCACAAAUGGUCCUCGAGCGCUCCUGAAGACACUCCGCAAGUAUCGAAUGCCAGUUCCCGCUGGUCUGAUGGAAUCUGUUGAGGCCCAUGAGAUGAUCACCAAGCGCAAGGAUGGCAAGGGCAAAGGUCAGAAGGCGGCGGCCGGAAACGGAACAAAUGCUGCUGCCGCCAGGAACGGAACAAAUGCCGCUGCUGCUGCUGGUACUGGACUCGUCACUGCUACACCCGAGACAAACGACGUGGAGUAUCUGUCUCCCGUGAAUAUUGGUGGCCAGACUCUCAACCUUGAUUUCGACUCUGGUUCUUCUGAUUUAUGGGUUUUCAGCAACCAGUUGAGUACCGCUGCCACAACAGGCCACACUGUCUUCGACGCGACAAAAUCCAACACCUUUGCUCUUAUGCAGGGCGCUACUUUCCAAAUCAGCUAUGGUGAUGGAUCCGGAGCCGCUGGCAAUGUCGGCACUGAUACUGUUGAUAUUGGUGGUGCCACUGUCACUCAACAAGCUGUGGAGCUUGCUACCGCUGUCUCCAAGUCUUUCGUCCAGGACACCAACAACAACGGUCUUCUCGGUCUUGCUUUUUCGAAACUCAACACUGUGAAGCCUGCACAGCAGAAGACAUUCUUCGACAACGUCAUGCCCUCGCUCGCUGAGCCUCUCUUCACUGCUGAUCUCCGCGCUAACGCUGUUGGUGCUUAUGAAUUUGGCCGGGUUGACAACACCAAGUUCACUGGUCAGAUGACCUGGGUUCCCAUCAACACCACUCAAGGUUUCUGGCAGUUCAGCAGCGAGAGCUUUGCUGUCAAUGGCGGCCAGGCCCAACAGGGCACCUCUGGCGGCCAGGCUAUCGCUGAUACCGGUACAACCCUCAUCCUGGCUGACCCCACUGCCGUCAGUGCCUAUUACUCUCAAGUAUCAGGCGCAGUCAACGAUGCCCAAGCCGGUGGUUUCGUCUUCCCUUGUAACACUCAGAUGCCUGACCUGCAACUCGAUGUUGGCGGCACCAUGGCCACGGUUAAGGGUUCAGACAUCAACUUUGCCCAGGUUGACAACACUAACUGUUUCGGUGGUGUCCAGGCAUCUCCUGCCAACCUCUUCAUUUAUGGUGACAUUUUUUUCAAGAGCAACUUUGUCGCUUUCAACGGCGGCAACAAUUCUUUAGGCUUUGCCACACACGUUGUCGCCUAG